UCCAGUGAGCGCCGGAGCCGAACUGCGCGGUAGCGGUCGCCGUCCUGCCGAGACACCACGAGCGAACGAGCCCGAGGUGCUGCUGCGCACCGACGGACACGCCCGAUUCUCAGAGCUGCACGGCAAAGCGCUGGCGUUCUGCCGCCUUAGACGGGGAUUCCGGGGAUCGCGCUCCGAAACACUUGCAGCAAACAUGGGAAUGGCGAGGGCGUGGCUUUUCUUGGUGCUCACCGCGCACUGCUCCCGGUCGGCAGACAUCUUGUUCGUGGCGCCCACGUGGGCUGUGAGCCACGCACUGCCCCUGCACAAGGUGGUGACCGCGCUGCUCGGCAGGGGGCACCACGUCACCUACGUCACGCCGCAUCCUCUGCAGCCAGAGAAGAACGAGAAUUACACCCUGGUUGACCUGAGUCUACCUGACAUGAAACCAGCAAUAGUGAACAGGUCAAUCUUGGCAGAUACGUGGCCAAUGAGACUAGUUGAAGCGUACCACGAAGCUGGUGUUCUAUGCUGCAACAGACUGAAGCACCCAGCAAUGCAAGAAUGGCUCAAGUCUGACCAUAAGUUUGAUCUCGUCGUCAUGGAGCGUCUGCCGUACCAGUGUUUCUACGGGCUGGUGCACAAAGUAGGACUGCCCCCCAUGGUUGGUAUCCUGACACUUCCCGCUAUGGCGCCAACCUACUACGCCAUAGGCAACCCCAUUAACCCAGCGUAUCUGUCAGAUGUUUUCAUUGGAUACACCGACCACAUGAGUUUCUGGCAGAGGCUCUACAACACGUAUUUCAUCGCAAGGUUUCUCUAUUUCUGGCAGACAACAGUACUGCCUGCCCAUGAAGCCAUCAUGAGGGAAAUUUUUGGCCCAGAUCCACCAUCAGUUUACGACAUGGAGCGCAACUUCAGCAUGCUGAUAGUAGAUGUCCAUUUCAGUGGGGAUUACCCUAGACCAAAUGUACCAAAUGUGAUCGAAGUCACAGGACUGCACGUAGAAGACAAUGUCGAACCAUUACCACAGGAUAUCCAGAAGUUUCUGGACGAAGCAGAGCACGGCGUCAUCUACUUCAACCUCGGCUCGAACGUCAAAAGCAGCACGCUGCCGGAACAUAGAAGGCAGGCGUUCGUGGACGCCUUCAGGGAGAUACCGCAGCGGGUUCUCUGGAAGUGGGAGGACGACAACAUCCCUGACCUCCCAGACAACGUACUCGUGAGGAAGUGGCUCCCCCAGCAGGGCAUUCUGGCUCACCCAAAAGUGAAACUGUUCAUCAUGCAAGGCGGUAUACAGAGCUUAAACGAAGCAGCGUUCCGGUCCAUACCGCUGAUCGCCGUACCGUUCUUCUCUGACCAGCGUCACAACUGCGCCAAGAUAAACGCAGCAGGUAUUGGUGUCCGAAUUUACCUCAAGGACAUCACCAAGGAAUCUGUCCUUGAUGCCAUACACAAAGUUGUGGAAGACCCCAGCUACAAGGAGAGGAUGGCGCAGUAUUCUCGGCUGUUCCGCGAGCACCGCGAGCAGUCUGUGGAGACGGCGGUGUGGUGGCUGGAGUACGUGGUCCGCCACAAGGGAGCGCCGCACCUGCGCAGCGCCGCCCUGGACCUCCGCUGGUGGCAGCUCCUGCUGCUCGACGUCACCGCCUUCGUGCUGGCCGCCGCCGCAGCUGCCGUCACCGCCCUCUGGUUUGUGGCCAGGACGGUGCUGGCCGCCUUCACAGCGCGGACGCACAAGCUCAAGACUCACUGAGCCACUCCUACCAGCGACAGGUUACAGUAGCGUGAUGUACAAAGUUACCGCAAAGAAUGCUGCAUCGAAUAAUUGAUCAAAUAUUGUGAUGAUCCCUUCAUUAAGGCAACAUCGGGACUCUAAUUAUGUGGUGAUUUACUGUAAACACAACCACAAACAAUAGCCUUAAGUGUGGUAUUUGCCAUCGACGGAAGUAAAGUGGACUGGUUUGAGCUGCAAGAAUGUAAUUAAUGUAUAUCAUUGUUGUUUGCAUUUCAAGACAACACAUUUGUUUUCGACCAUUGGUGGUAGUUACCGCGCAAGGUGGCGCAGUUGUAAGAAAAUGGACUCUUAUUCUGGAGGACGCCAGCUCAAAUUCACGUCCGGUCUUUCCUGAUUUCAGUAAAUCGCUUAAGGGAAAUAUUACGAUGGUUCCUUUGAAGGACAAAGUUGAUUACUUCCUCAACACGAACUUGUAUUCCUUACAUGAACUCGUCUUCGAUGGGACACUGAAAUCUUACCUUCCACUUUUAUUGUAGUGUUGUGGUGACGGGUUCGUUAGUGGAGGUAGAUGGGCGGCAUAGGUCAUGAAGUCCGUCCCUGGUAGCUGAGUGGUGGUUAGUUGCCCUCUGUAAUAAAAAAAAACUGAGUUAAUGGGUCAACGACGAACUAAAACGGGUGUCUUCCGACGUCCGCCUCGAGAACGAAAAGAGAUUUUUUUUAAAAAAUGGUCAGCGUGACAGAAUGUCAAUCCUAAGGUUCCGGAUUGUAUUCCCGGCUGGAUCGGAGAUUUUCUCUGCUGGGGGACUGGGAAUUGUGUUGUCCUAAUCAUCAUCAUUUCAUCCCCAUCGACGCGCAGGUCGCCGAAGUGGUGUCAACUCGAAAGACCUGCACCAGGCGAACGGUCUACUCGACGGGAGGCCCUAGCCACACGACAUUAUAAUUAUUAUAGGUCACGAACAGCUCUGUGGCAGUUUAAUCCUUAAUUUUGGUAGAUAGUUCAUAUCGAACACCCGAUGCACUGUGCACGAUGUGCGGACGGGACGUAGCCAGCAGUCGCUACACCCAGCUUGACUCGGUGGCCGUGCUAUGUGGUGGACACCUGCUGUUGGGGCGGCUUUGACCCACUGGGCUUCAGGCUGGAAGACCGCCCCAGCGUAUGGAGGACGCCGUGUGGUGCGGUGGCUGGUGGGGCCUCAGUUAGACCCUCUUCUCAUUGAUGCUGCAGCUACACACACAGGCCGGCGGACCUCUCAGGCUGGUGGUGGAUCUAUGGCGGUCUCAUGCCAGAAGCCCACAGUACAGUGGACGCUGUCUCAACAAAUCGCCAAAUCGCAGCCCUAGCCUGGCUGUGUGGCUACUAUUCACAUGCACCAGGGCGGGAACGUUGUUGACUGGACACACCAGGUGUCGCGUACAUCACUUGCUGUACCGUCACCAAAGCGUCUCACUUUACAGUAAUACCGUUGAUCGUUGACCAAUGGGCCGUGUUGACGUACCGAGACAAAUACCGCGUCGAGACGCUGUGCUGGCUGCUCGCAGCAUUACCGCAACCAUAGCAAUCGCGGAAAAUAACCCUUACCUCGGAUCGCGCCGCUACAGUAGUUAACCUUUACAAAGUUCCAUAUCAACUGCAAUACAACUGUAGUGUUUGCACUAGCAUCUGAAGGUGCCUGGCAGAUUGGGACACAAAUAUGGGACCUUCGCCUCUCGUGCGUAAGUGCUCUACCGACUGAGCUAUCCGAGCACAACUCACGACCUGCCCUCACAGCCUGAUUUUCCCCAGAAUCCCGUCUCCUACAGUGAAUAGCUCAACCAAUAGAGCAUUUGCCAGUGAAAGGCAAGGAUACCAGGAGGUCUGAACCCCGAUCUGGCACAGUUUGAUUCUAUCACAAAGUUCCAAAUCAGCAUACACUCCACUGCAGAGUGAAAAUUAUUUCUGUGUACCAGCAUUUGCGAGAGUGUUUUAUAUCCUGUUUUCCUUCGCCAGUGUGUGUGCAGCAAGCUACACCUAGCGAGGAAAGUCCUUGGCUGUCUCUGCUACAGCUGUAAGCUCUGUGUGUCGAUAAUUCGACCAUAGCAUAAGUUAUAUGAAAUGUUAGUCCUUCAGUCUUAUCACACAGUAUUUUGUUUCUGAAAAUUGCAUUUUUUGUCUUUCUUAUAGCAAUACAUUCAUUCAUGUAUGUUGUUCUGUGAUUGCACUAUUCUUUCUCACGCCAUACCCUUCCCAAACUAUAUGCACUGCGUCUUCAGGCCACAAAUGGCCCAUCGGCACCAUCAGACCGCCGUAUCAUCCUCAGUUGAGGAUGCAGAUAAGAGGGACGUGUGGUCAGCACACCGUUCUCCCCGUCGUUACGAUGGUUUUCUUUGACCGGAGCCGCUACUAUUUGGUCGAGUAGCUCCUCAAUUGGCAUCACGAGGCUGAGUGCACCCCGAAAAAUGGCAACAGCGCAUGGUGGCUGGAUGGUCACCCAUCCAAGUGCCGGCCACGCCCGAGAGCGCUUAACUUCGGUGACCUCAUGGCAACCGGUGUAUCCACUGUGGCAAGGCCGUUGCCCGCACUAUAUGCGUAUAUGGACAGUACUGUUCAUCAUUUAUAGUCAUCGUACACUGCUUACAGUUGUAAUUAUAUUGUGUCUGCUAGACUGAUGACUAUCACAGCUAAUGCAAACUGACCAUCACAUAAAAUAAAAUAAAAAAACCUCGCGUAAUGAAACACUGAUAUAAAUACUUCAGUCUCAAGUAUAUGGAUCGUAGUGCUUUCGUCAUGACAAUGUCACACUCCAUCAACAUACCAUUGUUUGAACCAAAACAAUUAAUCCCUUUUCCAUCACACACGAGGGUUGAAAAGAAAACAAUAAUAUGCCCCUCCUAUUAAUCUUUUCUCUGGUAUUGCUAUCCUGUUUGUUAGCUAUUACUUUGAGAGAAAUGGAGCAUUGCUAGACCAACUUUAGCUCAUUUUCGUCGGUAUAUUUCAUCACCAGGCGGUGUACAGUCAGUGCAUCGACGCAGACAGACCUGCGACUGUUACGCACCGUAUGGGGGAGUGCGGCGUAAUUGUCUCUAACUUGUCGUCACUGCCUGCACCCCUAAGCCUUGAGGAAGUUUAAGUGCCUCACAGAAAGGCCUUCUACACGUUCUUGUCAGUGUUCUCCCCCAUUCCACUUUUCAGAAUCGCCCUCGGACGUAACCUUCCUUUGCUUCUUCAGCUUAGAUUCUUCAUUUCACCCAUCAAAUAAUUUCCGACCAAUUCUUGUUGCUGUUGACUAAAACCCUCCAUUCCCAUAUUAAAGGAAACACCCGCUCGCUUAAAUAUGUUUCCCAUAAAAGCAGUCCAGGUUAAUGCUUUGUUUUCAGUCUCCCUCCAAUAAUUUGUAAACUGCAUGCUUUGUUGAAUCAUCGUAAUUUUCGCUUCGAUGCUCCUCCAUCGUCCACUAUCAUUGACAUGCAGAUCAAUAACUUGCUAAGUUUCUCUCUUCUGCACAAACAGUGGCGUCGGGAAACCAUUCCUCGGGCACCACUGUGGUUUCAAUAAUGACAUUGUUACGGAAUGAGUAUUAGUUGUUAAAUUUUGAUUCCGACUUUGAGCAGUUUAAUUCAAUGUAGUUACACGGUUUCCUGCAGCACUGUGUCGAAAACAGUACCUCAUGUAUUAAUACUAUUUUCUGUAAAUGUUGUGAUAUUUUAUGCAAAUUUGUUAAAUAGACUGAAUAUCAAUAAAGUUUUGUGUUCUUCUCUGAAAUAUAGUCCUUUUCAAUUAA